AUGGCGUCGCAAACCCAAGACAAAGAAAAGUCCCUCACACACCUCCGCACCCUGGUUCCUCCCAACGAAGUCUUCGACGAAUCGCACCCCUCCUACCACGCCUCUUCAGCCCCAUGGUCAACCCACGAAGACCGCCAUCCAACGCUCGUCCUCCAACCCAGCACCCUCGAAACCCUCACCCGCCUCGUGCCCGCCCUGUACGCCUCGAACCUAGACUUUGCAGUGCGCAACACAGGCACCGGCUCCGUUUCCGCGCGGGACGUCAUCCUCUCCACGCAAGGCUUGAAAGGCUUUGUCUUCAAUCCUGCCGAUGAAACGGUCACGCUGGGCUCGGGGUUCUCGUGGGGUGAAGUGGAUGCUUUGAUGGAGGAGCAUGCACCCGGGUAUGCGGUUGUCGGGGCACGAUGUGGAUGGGUGGGCGUGACGGGGAGUGCGCUCGUGGGAGGACUGAGUUGGCUGAGCCAUGAGUUUGGCCUGAUUUCCGAUCCGGAAAAUCUGCUCGAUAUGCAGAUUGUGUUGCGGGAUGGGAGGGCAGUGUGGGCGGGCGAGGCAGACAAGGAGCUGAUGUGGGCGCUGCGAGGCGGCGGAGGGAACUUCGGAGGCAAGGCCAUCCCGCUUCCCCGUCUCGUCACGGCGCUCCAGCUCCAAGCCCGUCGCUACACCACCCAAAUCUUCACCGGCCGCGUCUUCCUCCCCUACAGCGCACUGCACGAAGUAUCCAAAGCGGUAGCAAUGAUGGCCGCCCGGCCCGCCGACCCCAAACUCGCCAUGCACGUCACAAAACGCGGCUCCGGCCUGGGCGAGGCGGCGCAGGGCGGCAAACCCGGCAUCGCAAUCUACAUGUACGACGCGAACGGGGAAGCGCACGGGCGGUCGGAGGCGGGAUUCGCGUGGGUGUUCCGCAUCGCGGGCGCGGAGGGCGCGACGGUGGGAGUGCGCAGUUUGCGCGAGAUGCACGCGAUGGCCAACAGCUUCCUCGAGUGGCGGGACACGAGUCUGUUCCAUUGGUCCUCGGCGCCGCUGAUUGCGGAGAUUGACGAGCAGACGCUGCUUCGGGCGUGGGAGUGGUGGGAGGAGUCUUUCCGGCUUUGCGAGGGCUUCCAGGAGGGUUCGACGGUGAUUCUGGAGUUUAUGCAGGAGGCCGCCAUGUGCAGCUCCGGCGGCCGGUCGAAAACCGGAUGGCCCCAUCAUGGACGACGACAUGUGAUGCAAAUCGUCCUCGGGUGCAAGCCUGAGGCCGCCCCGGCCAACAUCCGGGAGAUCGCGAUGAAGCAGCUCGCGAAAGCGGGAGCUCAUAUCUCUGGACCGCAUGAAUUCCCGAAGGAGUAUCACGCCGGUUUCCUGCAGGAGUGGAAUGACUUGGAUGAAGUGUAUGGCGAGAACCUGCCUAGAUUGCAGGAGGUGAAGCGAAAGUAUGAUCCGCAGAAUCGAUUUAACAAGGGAGUGGACUUGAUGAGUGAGAAGGUGCGGGUAGGACCUGUUGCAUGA